GCGUGUCCUCAGGGUUUCGUUUCAAAAACCAAAAAUCUCUCCUCUGAUUUAGGGGAAGCGGUGGGCAGCCGCAUGAAGGGGAGACAAGAUUCUGGCUCCAGGAGCACGAGUCUGGAGGGGGGAGACACAGCCUCGGUCCCGGGAAUUCGCAGUCUGAAAUAGGAGACCGCCCUAUCCCUGGACCCUUCGUGAGGUGGCAAACAAGGGCCCUUCCUUCAGAGAUCCUCUUCUGGAGAAGAUGACUCAAGACCGGCCUUUGCUUGCUGUGCAGGAGGCCCUGCAGAAGUGCUUUCCGGUGGUGGAGGAACAGCAGGGCCUGUGGCGGAGCACGCUGAGCGACUGCCAGCCCCUCCUGGCCUCCCUCAGCAACCUGGCAGAGCAGCUGCAGGCGGCCCAGAAUGUGCGAUUUGAGGAUGUGCGGUCACUUCGGGCCUUCCCAGACCUAAAGGAGCGGCUGAGGCGCAAGCAGCUGUCUGCUGGUGACAUUGUCCUGGACAAGCUAGGGGAGAGGCUAGCCAGCCUCCUCAAGGUGCGUGACACGGUCAGCAGCCAUGUGGAGCAAGUGUUUCAGGUCUAUGAGCAGCAUGCAAACACAGUUGACAUUGAUGCUGUCCUGCAGCCUUCAGUUGUGAGCCCCUCUCUGGCUGACAUGUUGGAAUGGUUGCAAGAUAUUGAGAGACAUUAUCGAAAUUCGUACCUGAAGAGAAAGUACCUUCUCUCCUCAAUCCACUGGGGAGACUUGGCAAACAUCCAAGCUUUGCCUAAGGCCUGGGACCAAAUUUCAGAAGAUGAACAAGACCUUGUGCAAGAUAUCCUAUUGAAUGUUUCCUUCUUUCUGGAAGCGUAAGGAAGCUGUGUGUUGAUCUGGAGACCUGGGGGAGCACAGUUGAAGACUGACAUUGCUGCAUUCUGAUAUUUCUAAAGGAAUGUCAGUAUUGCACCAUGACAUACUUGGAAUAUCGAUGCCUAGAACCUAAAGACUGGCUCCUGGGACGAUUGGUGCUAGGUGUUUCUGACUUUGAGGCUUCUCCGUGCCAGGUCAUGGCUGGGUUUACAUGGGCCACCCCUUGCCCUUCCCUGAGGCUCAGGAAAGUGGAUGGAUGCAGAGAGAAAACUGAAGAACACUGGGGGCAGAAGCAACAGCAGCAGAAGUGGUGAGGAAGGAAAGGACAGGAGGUAAAGAGCAGCGCUGCAGAAUUGCUAUCACCCUUGGCGUCAUCUGCAGCACUGAGCCUGGUUAACCCCAGGUCCUGGUUUCAUGUAUUUGUGUCAAUACCUGACUCCUUGAAAAAAGACAGAGUAGCUUUGAUGAUUUAUAGAAAUAGGGUAAUGUUGAAAAACCAUUCUUAUCCUGGUGGCGUAGUGGUUAAGUGCUACGGCUGCUAACCGAAAGGUUGACAGUUCGAAUCCACCAGGUGCUCCUUGGAAACUCUGUAAGGGCAGUUCUACUGUGUCCUGUAGGGUUGCUAUGAGUCAGAAUCGACUCAAUGGCAAUGGGUUUUGUUAUCAGGCCAAUUUUAGAUUCCAGAGCCUACCACCAGGGGGAGGCGGUGUAGCAUGAAUUAUUCUGAGUGCUUUGUCUUUGAACCUUGUUCCCCUAUUGCUGUUGCUUAUCUGAGAGUAAGUAACUGGGGACUUAUUAUUGAGAAAGAAGGCUUUUCUUUCAUCCUGUGGUUUUGAGCUAGAAUAAUGAGACUCCUCAACUGACAGAUUUUUUUUGCCCAAAGCUGACAACUGACUUGCCACAUUCCUCUGAGCUUGGAGCAACUGCUUGGGUGGGAGAACACCAACCCAGAGUCAGGAGAUCAGGGUUACAUAUCUGAGGCCCAGUGUGUUCAUCUGUGAGAUGGUCGUGGUACUUCAGAUCUGGCAGCUUCCAAGGUUGUUGUAAAAACCUGAGUCAUUGAAUGUAAAGGGGCUUAAUAAAGAGUAUGUGUGUUUUUCAAAAUGAAAAUGGCUUUGCUUUUUUCUUAUGGCAAAAGUGAUACAUGUUUUUUAAAAUAUUGUAGGAAAAUUGUAGAUAUGUAGAAAAAAAUGUAAAAGACUAUAUAUAAAACAAACUC